CUUUUUUUUCCCAACAGAGAAAAACGCUUAUCUUCUACGAAUAAAGCGGUCCAAACAAGCCGGUGCAAAUUGAGGAAGCUUCUCAAUUACAAUUAGGGCAAAAUCAGUUCGAUCAACCCCAAAUCGAGAAGUUCUCUCUCUCCUUCAACGGUGACAGUUCCGGCGACCGACGGCCUGCGAGUAGCUUAAUUCAGAAUGGAUGAGAAGAGUGAGAACAAUGGUGUGAAAAAGAAGACAAUGUCACCGUGUGAUGUACAGGCUCUGAAGAAAUGCUUGGAGGAAAACAAAGGGGACUAUGUUAAGUGCCAAUCGCAUAUUGAAGCUUUCAAAUCCUCUUGUUCUCUGAAGAAGCCACCCAAUUUGCCUUCCCAAUCCUCCCUGCUCAAGACUGUUUGUGUUGCAGAUGGAGCAAGAAGUCAUUGAAGCAGAUAUAGUGUUGCCCACUCACCUUAGUUUCAAAAAGGUUCAGAUGUAUGAGAAGUACCCGAAGGGACAAGCGAGGGGAAGGCACUGGAAACAUCUCAAGCAGAUCAUCCAAGCCGAAAAUUACGAGAACUAUCCCUCUGAUGAACCCAAUUAUGUUAAUAUAGAAUCGCCACCUUCUAUGCAUCCAUGCAAAAGAAUUUGUGAUAUAACAGGAUAUGAGGCACCUUACUAUGAUCCAAGGACCAACCUCCGCUAUGCAAAUGUUGAUGUGUUCAAGCUCAUAAGAUCACUUCCUAAUGAGUAUGUUCAGAGGUAUCUGACUCUGAGAAAUGCGGCAGUCGUUCUGAAGUAACCUCCAAUAGUUAAUGCAGCCAUGGGCACUGUAUUUUCCUGUAAAUCAAAUAUUAUGAAAAUGUGAAGUAGGUUUUAUGUGGAGUUUGUUUUUGUUUCUUCAUGAGCCGCUUGCUGUAAUGCGUGUUAAUUAGAGAAAUUUUAGAGCAUUAUAGACAGCUGUGGUGCCUGAUGAGCAAUUGUGGUGGUUAGUGAGAUGAUAUGCUGUCGGAUUUGUUAGUUUGCUUUCAGGUCAAAUGGUCUCAUUGUAAAAGGCUGUUUUGUCAGCAAGUCAUGCUUGAUUUGUGAAUCGAUUGAUAUAAUACUGUGUCUCUAUAAGACUCAUUUGUCGAGCUUGCACCAACUAUUUGACUGAUAAUGAGUCUGUUUAGUGUCAUAUUCAUCAAUUUAAGCGGGUUUGCUCAA